AGGAGGUGGUGGUGGAGGUGAUGAUGCUGGUGGUGGGGGACGGGGCUUGUCUUUUCGCUGGCUGUAUGUGUUGACACGCACUUCUGCUCCAUCUUCAUGAUUAAAGCGGCAGCCUGGAGGGGAGUCGCAGCAGCGUGUGAAGCAGCAGCAGCAGUAGCAGCAGAAGAAGAAGCAGUCAGGGGGAAUGAGAGCGGACCGAGCCGAGGCAUCUUCACCAUGCAGCCGACUACCACCACCAGCCGUCCAUUUUAUACCAUUAUAUGAGCCCAUGAGCGCCAGUUUGUCUGUGUCUUGCAGACAGGCAGAGUGCAGACCCGGCGAUGACAACAUAGGCCAACGCCUCGCUGCAGCUACAUACAGGGAAUGAAAACGCUCCCAAGAUGGUCCGCAUCGCCAAGGCCCUAGGUUUGGUUAUUCUGUGCGUCGCUGUGCUCAUCCUGUCCCUCAUUAGCUAUGUGUCCCUGAGAAAAGACAGCCUCUUUACCUCCUCCAAAUAUUACAUGGGGGGUCCGAGGAUUAUGUUUCACGCUGGAUUUCGGUCUCAGUUUGCCAUGAACUUCCUGGACCCCUCUUUCAUCCCCUUAACGAACGCCCUGAAUGAGGAGCUCCAAGGAAAACCGUCCAAAUGGAAGUUCAACAAGACGGCUUUUUAUCAGCAGAGGAAAGAUAUCUUCAGCUACAUCGACAUUCCCACCAACUUCUCCCUCACAAAGAACAGCGUACGUGUUGGCCAGCUGAUGCACUUUGACUACUCCAGCCACAAGUACGUCUUCUCCAUCAGCAACAACUUAAAAUCCCUGCUCCCCGACACCUCACCAAUCCACAACAAGCAUUAUUCCAUGUGUGCCGUGGUGGGCAACAGCGGCAUCCUGACAGGAAGCCACUGCGGCCCAGAGAUCGACCAGGCCGACUUUGUCUUCCGCUGCAACUUCGCCCCCACGGAGGUCUACUCCAAGGAUGUGGGCAAGAAGACCAACCUGACCACCUUUAACCCCAGCAUCCUGGAGAGGUACUACAAUAACCUGCUGACCAUUCAGGACAGAAAUAAUUUCUUCCUCAACCUGAAGAAGCUGGAGGGAGCCAUCCUGUGGAUCCCUGCCUUCUUCCUUCAUACCUCAGCCACAGUAACCAGGACCCUGGUGGACUUCUUUGUGGAGCACAAGGGACAACUGAAGGUCGAACUGGCCUGGCCGGGAAACAUCAUGCACGAUGUCAACAAGUACUGGAAGACUAAAAACCUCUCCCCCAAGCGUCUCAGCACUGGGAUCCUCAUGUACACACUGGCCUCCGCCAUGUGUGACGAGAUCCACCUCUACGGCUUCUGGCCCUUCGGCUGGGACCCCAACACGGGCAAGGAUCUGCCUUACCACUACUACGACAAGAAAGGGACCAAAUUCACCACCAAGUGGCAAGAGACCCACCAGCUGCCUAGCGAGUUCAAGCUGCUCUACAAGCUGCACAGGGAAGGCGUGAUCAGACUCAGCCUGACGCACUGCUCUUAGACACACGGUGGAUGGUUUUUAAAGAGGUGACUCCAGAGACACAGACACAUCUGCUCAGCUCAAACUUCUGUUGUGACCCACACUGCAUGAUAAGUGUUAAGUCAAUUUAUGACGCCCUCAUUUGACAGACACACACUCACAUUGCGCUGUAAUUUCACAUGAAGAUGUCACAGACUUUUCACAGUGUUACUCAUUUAUUCGGUAUGUUGUUGUCUACAGCACUUCACAGUUAGGACUUUUUACGCUGCUCAGUUGCUUCCAUUACUCUCCUUUGCAUGGCUGCUGGCUGUGGCUAAACAGCUCAAACAGUUAACUGGAGUUUGCAGAGGGAUUCAACACAAACAGUCAAAUCUUCCAGUUCUGUAUAACACAGUGUUGAUUGAUUAUCGCCUUUUACAACAGUAUACUGAUUCUGUACACUGAAAUCACUGCCUAAUCUCAGGGAAGGAGUUAGAUCAGUGUUUUUUGUAAUCAGAUUCAACGCCUCAAGAGAGGUGCAGUUCCUGUUUUCAGGCCUUUUUUCCCCCACGAGGUGUCAGACAAUCUGCACUGCUCUGAAAGAUGGUACUUGUUUACAAGACUGUACUUGUGUGUCUUUUAUCCUCUGUAGACAGUGUGACUGUCCACUUCAAAUUUUGUUGAGAUUCUUCAAAUUUUUGGAAUAAUAAUCGACAUUCCAACAAUAAGCCAUAAAUUCAUGGACAGACGAUGGUGUGUUGUCACUGAAACGCUGAAUUGUAGAGAGUGGUAUCGGCCUACAUUAGGUUCUGAGACUACAAGACAUUAAAAAAAAAUCUUCUAACAAGACUACAAGUCUAUAGCCACGCUAGCGGCUACAUUCAAGUCACAGAACUUCCAAAAAAUAAAUAUCCAAAAUGCCGUUUAACCACACUUAUCAGGUAUUUCAUAUUUAUUAUUAAGUCCGUUGCACAACAACAAAAAAUUACCUUGUUUCAAAAGUUGCUAUCCUGAACAUGACAUAUCUGCUUGCUUAUUUUGUUUGCUUAAAAUUUUUAAAUAAUCAAAAGUCUUGAUAAAAGACAAUCCUGCACACUGCUCUUGCUCAGCAUCACAAUUUAUUGGUUAUACUAAUGUUUUGGUGGCAGCACGGUGGUACAGUGGUUAGCAUUGUUGCCUCGCAGCAAGAGGGUUCCUGGGUGGAGGGUUGAAACCAGGAACCUCUGUGCGGGGUUUGCAUGUUCUCCUCAUGUCAGCAUGGGUUCUCUGGGUACUCCGGCUUCCUCCCACAGUCCAAAGAC